GGCGGGAGCAAAGGUUGGUGACUUGGCGCACCGACCUUCGCCGGAGGGGCCGCGGCAUCAUGACGGUGGGAGCCAGGCUCCGACGCAAGGCGGCGAGCAGCCUCCCGCGCCGCGGGCCCCGGGGGCGAGGGCGGGCGGAGGGGGACGAGGAGGCGGCCGCCAUCCUGGAGCACCUGGAGUGCGGCGACGAGGCGGCGGAGAGCGGGGCGAGCGCGCGGCGCCCGGGGGCCCGGAGCGCGCGGCGGGUGCACCUGGCCGCGCUCCCCGAGCGCUACGAGCCGCUGGAGGAGCCGGCGCCCGGCGAGAAGCCCAGGAGGAGGUACCGGCAGAAGCUGAAGAAGUACGGCAAGAAUGUCGGGAAGGUCAUCACCAAAGGAUGUCACUACGUCGUCAUUGGCCUGCAGGGGUUCGCGGCGGCGUACUCCGCCCCAUUUGGAGUAGCCACAAGCGUGGUGGCGUUGGUCCACUAGUGGGAGCUGCUGGGACAGACCCACAAGAAUGGAUAGAAGCCUCUGCCCUGGGAGCAGUGCGAAUCCAGGAGCAUUUCAGACUUGAACUCACAAAUACUUGGAAGAAAAAAAUGUCUUUGUCAAAUUGGAUGACUUAUGAAUGAGUCAUCCCUACCCAUCUUUUCCCAUAUCCCGGACACGGAUGGCUCCAAUGGACAAUCCCGCAGAGCAUUAGGCCGAGGUUAGGAUUGGGGUUAGAGUUAGUUUGCUAACACCGGAGCCUUCACAUGAAGCUGACAGGGGGCUGGCUUGGAGUCAAGCACUUGACAGAUGUGAGCACUCUGGGUGGGUGGCAGAGAGGUGAUUAUGAAGGAGAAGAAAGAGUUUUGACCUGGAGUAAGAUGAUGUGUUAUAUUCUCCUGGAAAGGUCACAGGCUGACCGCCCUUGGCUGCCUGGGUUCUGAAGGCAGGGAAGGAGCUGUUUGUGUCUGAAGUUCUGCCCCCUAUCUCCUUCCUCCACCCCUUUGUCACCAGGAGUUUAAUUACAGGCUUGAGAAGAAGGAAGGAAGAAAAAUCUCUUUGAAGGCUAUGAUGCUUUGAAAACCAUGUUGCUGAUGUGUCAUGACUGUUCAAAGCAGAUAAAAGCUUGUCGUGUUCGCCCUUCUCUGCCAUGAGCGUGCAGUUGGCAAUGAGGGAAGGAGGAGCGGCGAGUUCAGACACAGCUUGUAUGAGGGAGUGCUCCUGAGGGCUCUGGUGCCCAGUCCAGCCAAGAACAGCCCUGUCUGGUCCAGCCACAUGUUUGUGGCUGCCUGAGGUCGUGGGCCUCCUGACUCAGCUGCCUAGUACCAUCAGCUCAUUCCCGACAGCUGCUCAACUCGUCUUCUACGCCAGGCCGACGAAGGGUGCUGGGUCUUGGGAGAGAGGGAGACACUACACUUGGAAAUGAAAGUGUAUGAUUUAGAGAAGAAACCAGUAAGUAGGAGACAGGGAUGAAGGAAGUAGAAGAAGGAUGUUGGAUGAGAGAAGUGGAAAUACAGGAGCCGGGUCUGAGUUAUUGGCACUGGGAGAUCUUAGGUGGCCCAGGGGAGGCUGGUGGCCAGAGGCGCCAUGGCUGGUGCUUAAAACCCCUCUGAGCCCCAUGAGCUUACAUUGGCUGCCUCUGUAGCAUCCUUUCCUCUUCUGUGCUGCCCAGUUUGAUGUCAUCUCACCCGGAUUCCAAGUUAGGGUGGGCAUGGAUCCUGGGCCUGACACUCCCCGAGGAUGAGCCAUGGUCCGCUAUUGGACCACUGGACAGGAAGGUAAAGAAAGAGGAGGUCCGUCUUACCAUGCUCCUCUGCCAACCCCCAUGAUGGGCCACUGUUCUGACUUUGUUUCCAGAAUAUCCAGAAGUCCCGAAUAGUUAACUUGCUGAUCAGUCUGCAGGAUCCGUGGCAACACCUACCUGUUGCCCCAAGAAGUUUCCCAGGCCAUGCAAAGGAGGUUUGGCUUGAGGCCUCAGGUGGCACUGGGAAGUGGAGAAGGUGGGAGGACUGACAGAUGGACAGAGAAAGGAAUGGGUGAAGGAGAACGUGGUAGCCGUGAAACUAGAGUCUGCUUCCUCUUCUGGAUGCUCACGUUGAAGGUGAACUUGGACCCAGUUCCCGCAUCAGUAAUAUUUGUGAGGAGAAGAGAAAACACGUGGUCUUGUUUUAGCUCCAAUGAUGAACAUUGAUAGUGGUACGUUUUCGCACGGGUAAGAUGAUUAUAGCUUGCCUGCCGCGCUGGGAGUCAGGGGGAAGAAGAGGUGGGAGAAGAAGCAAAGUGUAGUUAGUCGGAAACGGGUCAGGUCUGUGUGGCCUGCUGGUCACAGGAAAGGGAGACGGGAGGAAGGAGCCUGUGGUGGGUUUGAAGGCUGCCAGGCCUGGUGGCCCAGGGAUACUGACCAGCCACAGAGAAGCCCACCGAGUUGCCUCGGGGACAUGGAAGUGUGACCCGGGAAGGGGCAAGAGCUGCUGAGGCCUGUCCCAGGAGGGCCUUCCCCAUCCCACCCCUAAAUCAGAGACACCAUGAGGCCAAGCACAUUUGGCUCUGAAAUUCUUGAAGUCUGGUUAAGAAUUAACCUGGAAAUUUCAAAAGUCGAAAUCUCGCCGGGAUUGUCCUGGGAGCCAGAUUCACGUGUACAGAAGGUGAACUUCUCCGAACUGCCCCUCAGCCUGAGUAGUCAUUUCCCCCGAGAUAGGGCACCCAUGUGGGAGAUUACCUUUCUGCAUUUUCUUUCUUUGCGGUUUUUUUUUUAAGUAUCAGUGUCCGUACCCUACUAGAAAUUGAAUUUUAGAGCUUUCUCUGUUCAUACUUGACCAAACAGCUGCUUUUGUAUCCUCUCUUGCCCUAUUAUGUAAGUAAAACCCCCAAUUUGUUUAAUGUU